GUUUACAAGCGGAAGUUGGAAUGCGUGGCGACAUCUGUAAACAAAUAAUUGACAGUGUUGUUAGGAUUUUGUUGAGUCACUUCUACGCUAUUUAGCAUCUGACUAACUGGAUUCCAGCAUGGCAGAUCACGAGAUGUUGGAAACUGACAGCUGUUCGGCUUUUACUGUGGAUUUUCAAUCCCGUCCACGGUCAAGCCGGGUUCCACAACGUCUAGCAAAGUAUAUGUCCAAUCAAGACGACACAAAUAACAAACUUUCUAAGGAUGAGUUGGACAGGAAACAGUUUGAAGCUGAACAGAGGAGGAAGGACUACGAGCAAGCUAAACUGGACAGAAUUCGGGAAUGUAACGAAGAAUGUCACAACAUUGAUGCUAAAGUGCAGAUUCUCCUGGCACAGGAUGCCAAACGUCAGGGUUUACCUGGAACUGAGCAGAUCAAACCCAUGUCCACUCGACAGGCCAUCAUGUCCAUCAAAUCUUUAGCCAAGGACUUCUCUAAAUUAACACCCCAGAUAGAUUAUGGAGAGAGUUUAACAUUGGACGGAUCAUGAUGUCCGAUACGAGUAUUUAAUAUUGUAUUGUACUAUACUAACUUGCAGUUUGUAUAAAUCAAUUAUUGAUCGUAAUAUUCAGUACCUAGUAUGAGAUGACUGCGAGUAUUUUCGAUUUGUAAAUGGUCUUUUGUUCAAGUAAACUAUUUUCAUUACAGAAGAACAUCUUUAGAAUAACAAUGGUUACUGGAUAAUGCAAUUUGACAUGU